CUAAAAUCAGGAUGAUCAAAAGAUAGCCACCUUUCCCCUCACCUUUUCAAUUCCAAAAUGAUAAAACAUCAAGAAAUGAUACUUCAAAAUAAAAUUGUAAAAUAUUAUGCUAUGUAGUUUAUCUAAAUGUUACUGCUAGAAAUUCUUCAAUAUCUAUCAAAACUGAUGCUUCGGUACAAAUAAAGAUAGUUGAUUAAGACAAGUAAAACUUAUAAAAUGUGGUUAACAAAUAGAAAUAACGUGAUUCAUAGGUGUCUUUUGCAUCUUAAUGUAAUUCUAACAUAAUUAACAAUUAAAUGAAACAAAGUGAAGUUGAUUCUAAACUUUCAAAAUACUUUAAUUCUAUUAAUUAAAAUUAAUACUAUAAUGAUAUUAAUAAUAAAAUUAAUAAUAGCGAUUUACAUAUAUCAAGAACUUAAUCUAAAGUCUCAUUAACUAACAACUAGGAGUUAAAAUAGUCAACUAUAAAAGGAUGUAACACUUUAACAACUAUUCUUAAACCAAAAGAUAUUGAAGAUCGUUAGAAAAAUCUUACAGAAUCCAAUUAUGCUGAAGCUUAUUAUAAAUAACAAUUAACUGAUAGAGAUAUAUAAUUAAAGAAAAUUAAAGAAGAACUUUCUAAAUGCUAAAAUGAGUUAUAAAUGGAAAAAGAAAAUAGCAAGAGAAUUGAGAAGCAAUUAGUUCAAUAAAGAAAAGAAUCCUUUUCAUAAUGUUAAAUAGAUUUAUAAAUUGAAAGAUAAUAAAUAAUAAGAAUGAAGGAAUAACUUUCUAAACUAGAUGGAAUUCUUAACUAAAAAUAGAUUGAGAUUGAUCAGUUAUAGAGUAAAAAUCACACUUUUCUGCAAGUUAUAAGAAAUAUAGAAGAAAUUAUCUCUUUAGCCUACUAAAAAGAAGUUAAAAUUAUGGUUAAAUAAAUAUGAGUUAUAUGCCCU